AUGCAGCUCCGAUGCUUCCAAGCAAGCCCCUCAAUUCCACCCGGCGCCCCUACAAAACACUCCCGCCAGCCCAAGGGCAGCGGCGGGGCCUCUAGUUCUAACGAUAAUGACUUGGAUAAGCUUGUGUCUGGAGCACAGCACUCCAUACCCCCUCCCCCAGCCAGUGACCAAACCGCCCAAGACCACGCCAGCGUCUCCGAAACAGAGCUCGGAAACCUCCUCCUGCACGAAAUCGCAGAAAUGGACCGUCGUCCGUCGGGCCCUCUCGUCUUCUACAACCACAAGUCACAGCCACUCCUCCCUGCUCCUACUACUACCACAACCCAUGCUAUCGUCGCAGCCCACAUCCCCCCCGCCCAAAGCCGUCCGACACUCCCAGUCCCAGCGUCCGCAGCACACCCAGUCCCCCACCCACACCUCUACAAGGUUCUGGACUACGCAAUCUACCCCUUCUGCCCGCCGCCGCACCGCAGAGUCAGUGCUGCCACUCUGGCCGCACAGAGACAGCAAGCGCCUGCGCUUGCGGCGGCGAAGGCGUGGGUGCACGGCGGUGUUGCGAAGGAUAACAAUACUGUGGUUGACGUUGGGGCCGCCUCGAUCGGUGGAGAUGUGGGUGCCGUUGCUAUUCUCGGCGCUGCCGAGUCUGCCGCUGCCAUGAUGACAACCCAGUCUUUACUAGCUACAAAAAAGAAGCAAAACCGCAACCCGCGCGGACCAUACAAGAAGCACCAGCGCGACGACUCUGCUGGCUCUACUGCUGCCACUCCCACAACUGCCGAUAACGAUAACGAGGACUCGGGAGAGCCUGUGGUGAAGAAGCGCCGUCAUGGGGGUGGACGCAGUAAGGGGGUGGUGCUGUGUAGUCUGUGUGGGAUCGUGUUUGCGAGGCCGUUUACGCUGAGGAGGCAUGUGGACAAUAUUCAUGCGGAAAGCGUGGUGUGUGCUUGUGGUGUUCGAUUUGCGGGGGAGGAGGAGGUGGGGGUGCAUUUGGAGGGGGGAGGGUGUGCUGGGGUUUGA